AGCGACAAGAUGCGCCAUCUAAUACGGACAGCUCCUCAGCUGUCAGCGCGUCUGUCGGCUCGAGUAUGCUGCGCGAGCCUUAACAAUGGCCAGCAACGGCGGCACUACUCCAGGCCAACCAACAGCUGGCUGCCUAUUCCUUUCGUUACUGAGACCCUCGCUGGGAUGAGCCAUACGACUGAUCUCUUCUCAAGGCUUCUCAAGGAGCGCAUUGUCGCCGUGUAUGGCGAAGUUGACGAUCGAAUGGCUGCGACAGUAACCGCCUCACUACUCUACCUCGAAGCCGAAAGCGAUCGACCCAUCUCCAUGUACAUCAACUCCCCCGGAGGCUCUGUCACUGCCGGCUUGUCAAUCUACGACUGCAUGCAAUACAUCGUUCCUGAGGUUUCCACACUUGUGCUGGGUCAAGCGGCUUCGAUGGGCAGUUUACUGCUAGCAGGUGGACAGGCCGGACGCCGCUACGCUCUGCCUCACUCGAGUAUCAUGCUUCACCAGCCUAGCGGCGGUCAUUACGGUACGGCUGCAGACAUCGCUAUACACGCGAAAGAGAUUCUCAGAAUACGGGAGCAACUCAACAAGAUCUACGAGAAACACUUGACGGGAAAGAAGAAGUUGACAAUCGAUGAGAUUGAGAAGAUGAUGGAGCGGGAUCAUUUUAUGAGCGCAGAAGAGGCUUUGGAGUUGGGUGUAGUGGAUGAGAUCCUGGGAAGCAGAAAGAAAGCUGCGGAAAAGAAGGAGGAGAAGUGAGGGAAUGGUCGCCGCAUACAGCAGAAAUCUGAUGCUGCAAGGAUUGACCUGUGGCUAGGACCGCGGACGCAGCGUUGUGCAACACUACUGAAGGGACAUGCUGAUCGAAUGACCACGGUAUCCGUGUGUACAACAAGACGCUCCCCACUUCCAGGAUCGGGUGGUUAUUGAAUAUCCCAUCUCACUCGUCAAGUCCGGGCGGUCGACCAUCUCUCUUGGUGAUGUUGAAUCACCAAUCGAAGGAGAAUGUUGGCAGUUGACCCUAUGGUGCCCACCGUCACUAAAAUGCGGAUGGGCUAACAUGGUCCGGCAUGCGGAGGCACGGAGGACAGACUAUUCAGGGGCAGACUGGAAUGCAGUAAAACGCUUCCCACACUGGAGAGGUUCUGUGAUUGUCUGGAUCUAGAUGGGAUGAUCAGAUAGGAGAUGUACAACUCUUCUCAGACCCUUCAAAAUUAGCUGGACAGUAAUGAUCUUGAAGAAGACAAUAAA